AUGCAUUCUGCUAUCGUUCUUGGCCUGCGAGCCGUCCAGCUCCUUUUCGCCUUCAUUGUUCUUGGUCUCUCAGCAUACGUGGCCAAUUGGUAUAAUGUUGAUACCCUGACCUCGUCACCGUCUCAGGUCAACUGGCUCCUCUUCUGCUCUCUUUUCACCAUCAUCUCGCUUGCUUACCUCGAAGGUGUCUCGAGGUUCAUGCCCAAGUUCCACCAUCCUCUUGCCGUCGUGGGCCUUGAGCUUGCCAACGUUUUAUUCUACUUUGCCGGCUUUAUCGCUCUAUCUGUAUUCAUCAGCAAGCUCCUCUUCUGCCGUGGCAGCGUGUGUGGCUCCGCUCGCGCUGAUGUGGCAUUCGGCGCCUUCGAGUUCCUUCUAUGGACCGGCACGGCCUUCUUCGCCGUCCGCGACAUGAUGAAGACGGGGUUCAGCUUCCGCCGCCGUGGCGCUGCCGGUGCCGGUCAGGCCCCUCUCGGCGGCCCGCAAAUGAAGGAGGCUCAGCUGGCUUAA